UUUGAUAUUCGAACAUUUCGCGCGAACUUUUAGGUAUUUGGUGAUUAAAUUCAUUUUAUUAAAUCAAUAAGAAUUUUUGAAUUCCAAAUUUUCCAAGAUGCCUGAAGAUUGUCCUGUUGACUUUUGGACCCAUUACAGUUAUUUAUGUUUAAAAUCAAACGUUUGUCCUCUAAAAAGUGUAUUAAAAAAUUUAAAAGGAAAAGAACUAUAUUUCCCAGUUGAAAAUAUCCGCAGAGAACAUUGGCCAUUUUUGCUUUCAGCUCUGAAUGUUGAUCAGAGUCUGACAAAAGUAUGGUUCUGGUCUAAUUUUCCUAUAGCAGAAUAUAAAGAAAUGUCAGAGAAAAAGAAGAAAAAUAGUAAAUUAUUCUUUCCUGUUCCCUAUGGCUGUACAGCAACAAAUAUAACAGACAUUUGUAAAUGUAUAUCCCAGUUAUUGCACACUUCCAAAGCUUUGAAAAUCUUGAUGAUUGAAAAUCUUGUUUUGCGUAAUGAAGAUAUCCAAAAUUUAGCAGAGGGUCUCAAGGAUUCAAAUAUUGAAAAGUUUUCUCUGGCUGGUUGUCAACUUCAAGAUGAAUCUGUUGAAAUUCUUUGUAGAGGUCUUCAACUUUCAACUGUUUCUUGGAUUGACUUCAGUAUGUGUGGCUUGAAUGAAAAAGGAUUGACUUUUAUAUGUGAUCUUAUUAAAGCUCAUCAUCUGAAAAGAAGCAAUGAUAUGUUUCCUGAAACUUUACGGUAUCGUUUACCCAUCCUUGAUGACAUGAAAGGACUUAGAAGGAUCUCUUUGAAUAAUAAUGAUAUUGAAGAUAGAGGAGUAGAAAUUCUGAUGGAAUGUCUUCAAGAAGAUAUAUGGAUGAAAGCUUUAGAUUUACAAAAAUGUAGCAUUGAAAAUGAAGGUGCAAUAUCCAUACUGAAGAUCUUAAGGUCAAAUGUUGGACUACAGUUAAUAGAUUUACGACAGAACAAUAUAGAAACAACACUUAUUGAUAGAAUUGCCUUGCAACUAAGCUUAAACAAUGCUCAAAAGGAUAUAAAAUUUCAUUUGGGGGAUUUAUGGAAACCACCCAAAUUUGAAAAGGCUGUGAGACGCCGAAUUGGAAAAACUAGGAAUGUCAAACAUAUUGUCACAACGAAACCUGGGAGCUACACUAGUAUGGAGAAGAAGCUUAAAGUAAGCAUGGGUCUUUUGAAAAAAAUUGAAAAGAUACAUGUUGGAGAUACUGAAAAGAAACAUACCCAAACUAAAGAUGCUUAUUCUCAAACAAUACAUAAUUUUAAUCAAGAGUUGGAUGAAAUGAAAAAUGCUUUGUUACAUGAAAUAAAAGUUCAGAAUUCUCUGAAACAGUUAGUGAAAAAGUACAAAUUGGAAAGUAGCUUGCUUCGUAAAGAAUUGGAUAAGAUGGCUGUUUUAGAGAACUACAUUCUUAUAGACCAUGAAACAUUUGUGGAAGUUACAAAUAUAUUUGAAAAAUUCAAAAAAUUUCUGGAAGCUAUGAAGAAAUAUGGGUUAUGGGAAUGCAUUGAAAUGCUUGGAGUCAGUGAAAAAUCUGAUAUAGCUCUGAAACCAUUCAUCAUUGAUACCACCAGAAAAUGUAUGCAACUUGUUGAAAGUGAUUCACCAUCGAAUAAAAAAAGUGAUUCUGCAUCCAGUUCUAGAGAUACACCAAAGAAGCACAUUCCUACAGAACAAUCACAGUCAUACAACCAUCAACAUAAUGAUAAGCCAAGAAAUAUUAAUGAAUUUCGAGAGAAAGCUGAUAAAAUUUCUAGGCAAAUUCAGGAACAAAUUUAUGUAAAGGAACGGCCACAGACACAAAGUAAGGUUAUGAAAGUUUUCAUGGAUGUGCGGGAUAAUUAUAGCAAAAGCAUUAUCUCCAAUCAAAUAUCUGAUGAUAGAAAGAGCAGUCAUGGCCAUCAUCAUGAAGAUUAUUAUAAACAACAAAAAAUAUUGCCGCAGAUGCAUCACAGCAAAUUGAACAGAUCAAAUAGUGAUAAUCUUGUUAAUAAAGAACAAAUACCUAGAAAUAAAAAAAGUGUUGGAAGUCAAACACCAUCAAAUGAAGUUACAAGCCAUAAACAAAAAUCUUCAUCUCAUGAAAUGACCAGAAGAAAAAUAUCUACUCAAAAGAAAAUACAGUCAUCCACUUCAGUCAGCGAUAUUUCAUCUGAUGAACCAUCGCCUGUAUAUCAGCGCAGCAUACAUGAAUCUCUUGUAAGUAGUGAAUACAAAUCUCUACCAACACCCAAAUCUGCAUCCAAAAAAGAAAGUAGUAGAAAAUUAGAAUCAUCUAAAUCUUUUAGACGAUCUCAAGCUUCGGGUGAUCAUCUUUUAAACCGCUCUUUACAUUCAGAAAGAGUGCCGUCUUCAGACUCGGAAUCAACACUUAGAUCAUCAAAAAUGUAUUUAGAGAAGUUACCAAGUGAUAAAAGCAGCCAUCACGGAGAGCCUUAUUCCCAUCCUAGUAUUAAAUCAAAAACUAUUGAACAUGUUAUGUCACUUAAAACUUCAGAAAACUUAAAAUCUAGUUCAUCUGUUUCUUCAAUAAGCAGCUAUAACAGCAGAAAGGAAGUUAAAAGUGAUAUAUCUGGUGAUAAAGGCGAUUCCAAUAAAAGUUACUUAGAAUCAGUGAGUGAUGCUUCAACAGAUAAAGAUGUGAAAUCUCUGUCACUAAAUGAAGUUUAUAGCUCUGUAAAGGAUAAAAUAGACUUGGAUCAUUCUAAUGAGUCAAAACAUUCUUCAAAGCCUAAAGACUCAACUCUAGAAAAUUCUCCUGUUAAAGACAAAAAAGACUCAUUGAAUUCAAAAGAAAAAGAAGUGCCUCCAGAAAAAGUUCCUACUUUUGAUGAAAAGCUGUCCGAAGUUUCUAAAGAUCCUAUUCAUAGUUCAAGUCCAAAAUCUUCCAGUAUUAAACAUAGCCAGCCGAAACACGAGCCACCAAAUGUUGAAAAGCCUCCGAAACGCAAUAAUUCAGACUCAUCAAUACCUUCUUUAAGUGAUAUUACAACCGUAUCAUCUCGUAGUUUGAAUACCGAUUCAGUUAUGGGGCAGUUAUCUGAUAAUUAAAAAAAAUUAAUUAAUUUAUGGAAACAUUAUAAAAUGAUGUAAAAUAUUUUAAAUAAA